AGCCCCCCCCACGCCCUCCCUCGCAGGAAGGCGUGGCCCAAAGGAGGGGGCGUGGCACGUCCCCGAUUACGUCCUCCGCUGCAGCCAAUCAACGCGUUCCGCUAUUGCGGCUGUCAGGAAAAAGAGAGCGAAGGAGCGAGAGGGAAAGUGGGAGGUUCUUCGUGAGACGGGCAUGCUUCUGGGCCAAUCGCGAGGAGGCUCGUGCGAGUUGACACAGCCACUGGCCAACGAGCGCCGGCGAGAGGCUAACGGGAGGCGGCAGCUGUCUCAUGGGCCGGUGGAGGCGGAUUAGGAAGCGCGGAGCGUCUGAGGAAGCGGCGGCGACUUCGUACCGCGGACUAACCGGAGACCAGAUUGGACGACUUUGCCAGAAGUGCUGUGAAGUUUUUUUCUGGUGAUUUUUAGUUCCUGGAUCAAAUGGUCGUGAUGGCUGCAGUGGCAGAAGAGGAAAGCGAAACCCAGCUGUGCAGCAACUGCAAAAAGGAUAUUCCUGUGGCAAACUUCACCAUCCACGAGAUCCACUGCAGCAGGAACAUCGGGGUUUGCAGUUUCUGCCAGGAGUCCGUCCCCAAGUCAGAAAUGGAAAACCACAUGGAACUGGAGCACACUCAGAUCACCUGUAAAUGCAGCAUGAAAAUGGAAAGAGGCAACUUAUUGGAACAUGAGGCCUCAGCUUGCCCUUUGCGCCCUGUUGCCUGCCAGCACUGUGACCUGGAGCUCGCGUUUCACAAGCUGCAGGACCACAUGGACUACUGCGGCACCCGGACGGAGGAGUGCAGCAGAUGCAGCCGCAAUGUGAUGCUGAAAGACCUGGAGGAGCAUCUUGAGGACUGUGGGAAGAAGGCCGAAGAAAGCCGAGUCGGCCAGCCGCAGCCCUGCGUGAACUCUGAGGCAUCUCUACGAAAUAUCCAGACGAUCAGAAACAUCCUCCAUUCGGACGGCUCCCCGGGGCCCCCACCCGGGGUGAACAGGCUUUACAACUGUCUUUCUGGCCAGAAGCUGCCCAGGAACCAUCCCAGGAGGAAUGUAGAUCCGUUGCAGCCAGAUGGAAACCAGGGGGAUGGCAUCAAAAGAGAAUCGGGUCGCCUGGAGAAGACAGACAACACCUUGGCCUUUGGUGGCGGAGAACCCGACUGCCACUUGGAUUACCUCUUGGCUCUCAGUUUGCAGCAGGACAACUUCCAACAGGAACACAGCCCAGCCAAACUCCAGAGGGACUUCUGGAAGAGUAUCUGCCCCGCAAGAACUAGCCCCACCGGCAAUUCCCUGGAGGCUAAUCACUUCAGUAACUUCUCUCAAGACUUCCUGGGGUCUGUGAACUCUUCCAACAACUCAAAAGGGCCGACUUUGCUACCCUGUGAAUUCUGUGAGGAGCUGUACCCGGAGGAAGAUCUAAUCCUUCAUCAGACGGGGUGCAGCCCGGCGAGUGCUUUGGCUUCCUUCAGCAAGAGGAGCUCCCUCCCCCCUCGGCCGGAUCAGGAUGAGCGUCUGACAGACUUGUGGGAGCAGCUGCAGAGGAAUCAGUCCAGCGGCAGGGAAGCGUGCCCCCUGCAGCCUGACUCUGGGGGCAGCGUCAUGAUCCCCUGCGAGUUCUGCGGAGUCCAGCUGAAAGAAGAGGCCCUCUUCCACCAUCAGGACCGUUGUGACCUGCGUCCAGCCACAGGAAGAUCCCUGUCACAACCACGGCCUCCAGCCAUGGAAGACUUGGAGAGGACGGAGUUGCCGGACCUGCCCAAGAGAAGCGUCCAUCAUCAAGGGGACGUCUCACCUCGGUACCUGGAGGAGUUCCAGCAGCAGAGUCCUCCCCAGCCUGUACGAGGGAGACACUCUCGGGGUCACCCAGUGGCUGCCAGACGGGUCCAGCUGAAUUCUCCCAGUAACAAGAGAGAGACUGAAAUUGGCCCUUCGGAGCGAGGGAAGCUCAACGACCAGGGUGGAGGAGGCAAAGAAGAGAGAACGCAGCGUGGGGGCCAAAGGGACAGGAUGGCAGAGCUCCGAGACCCUGCGCCAGUGAGGCGUUCCCCUCACAACUGUCCUCCCAGCAGUUACGUGCCAAGCUUCCCUGUUGCGGUUCCAACACGACCCAGUCUGAGAAGUGAAGGCAGCACAAGAGCCCCUGGACCUGGCCAGUACAGCCGCCGUACGGCCAAACCGUGGCAGACUGAACCCGCCUACCCUGACGAAGAAUAGGAAGGUGUCGCUGGACUAAUUUUUUUGGUGGGGGGAGGGGCAGGUGUUCACCUGCAUUUCUUCUAGCACAAAAGAUUUUUGUGACUGUACCGGUCUUAAUGUAGGCAGUUACAUAGCUGCAGGGCAGAGAUGUGGCAGCUGGAAACAUCAACUCCCGUUCACGUUAUGUUUUUCGAUGUGCAGUGUGUUCACGUGCUCGGCUGCGGCAGGGUAGGCAGACCAUCCCAGCUUCCUUGCUUAACGAAAGCACAGCUUUGGGGGCUGGCUGGUGGGCGGUUUGCAUGGGAGCACUUGGCUCUCAGGUCCCUUGGUGGGUUUUGGCAUCCGCCGUUCACAGAGCCAAGAAGCUGAUGAGCCAGUUGGUACCCCUUGGGCAGCUUGAGACUGGGUUGGAAAGCAGAGGACCCCCCCCCCCAAGGGAGGUUGGAGGGUGCGCUGCUGUAGCUUGGAGCCUACCUUGCACUCCGUUGGGGAGAGGAGUUUCUCCUCUUGCCCUCAGCAAAUUGGGCUGAGUCCCUAAGCAAGUCUGUGCAUCCAACCAAGAAGAGAGAAACAUGGGGAAAAGCCAUACUCCAAGGUGCGGGGUGGGGGUGGAGCUGUUCGUCUUUAAUACCAUAAGUGCCCAGUCAAAAAUCCUAAGAAUUGAGACAUGCUUUGAUAGGUCGACUCGUUCUCUUCCCUCCUGUGCUGACUGUUCUGUAGUAGAGAAUGUCCAUUUUAAAAUUCUUGUAAUAAAAAUUUGUAUUUACCAGG